CGCGUGAGCCUAAUCUGGUCUUAGUCUUCCUAGUGCAACGCCGUCCAUCGAUCGCAGUGACGACGUGAUUGAAUCGGUCUCUCUUUCCAAGCACAGAAGGUAUACUUUGACAGCUACAGAAAACCAAAUAUCUAUCAACAUAGAAAGCGAUCAAGAUGCCUCUAGCAGCAGUAGGACAAAUCCGCUCCACAGCCUCCCUCACCCACAACCUCCACCAAUGCCAAAGCCUCGUCAAAAAAGCCUCAGAAGCCGGUGCCUCCGCGCUCUUCCUGCCCGAAGCCUCAGACUACAUCAACACGAACCCCUCGCUCAAGCUGUGUAAAUCCGUCGAAGAUUCCGAAUUCGUCCAAGGUCUAUUGUCUUCCGCAAAACAGUAUAAACUGCCCAUUCACGUGGGCAUCCACGAACCAGCGUCCGGAGACAAGUCGAAGAACACCUUGAUCUGGAUCAAUGAAGAGGGCCACAUCACAAACCGCUACCAAAAGCUGCAUCUCUUCGACGUCGACAUCAAGGACGGGCCCAGCCUGCGAGAAUCCAAGUCUGUAGAGCGCGGCUCCGAACUCCCUCAACCUUUUGACACCGCGCUGGGCAAGAUCGGUCCGCAAAUUUGCUUUGAUAUGCGUUUCCCUGAGCCCGGGCUAGCGUACGCUCAGCGCGGUGCGCACAUCAUUACCUACCCCUCUGCAUUUACCACGGCGACAGGAAAGGCGGGGCAUUGGCAUAUGCUGUUACGAGCCCGCGCGAUCGAGACGCAGAGUUAUGUCAUUGCUGCGGCGCAGGUGGGCAAGCAUGACGAGGAGGGAAAGAGACAUAGUUAUGGGCAUAGCAUGAUUGUUGAUCCGUGGGGGAAGGUGGUGGCGGAGUUGGGAGGCGAGGUGGAUGAGAAGGGGAGGGGGUCGGAUGAGGGCGAGAUUGCGGUUGCGGAGAUUGAUGUCGAGUAUGUGGAGAAGAUUAGGAGGGAGAUUCCGUUGGCGAGGAGGACGGAUGUGUAUGCUGCGCUGGACUAGAUGGGGUUGCAUGACUUGGU